AUGUUGCGCUCCUACUCCCUCUGCUGGUCUCAACGAAACAUUGACACGUGUGAUGUUGCUGCUGAAGACUCUUCAAGCAGUACAACAGCAGUUUGUGAGAGUUUGACACUUAGCGAAAACCUAGGGCUGUGGCCUCUUAAUAGUAAUCUGGAUUCAGUGUAUCGUUUCUGUUGUGAAAUGUUUGGUAAAAAUGUAAGUAGUCUGUCUGAUACGAAUGAAUUCUCAGGUUGGCAGCAUUUAUCAUUGACUUUGAAAAGACACAAAACAAGUCAAUCCUACAAUGAAAAUUUGAAGUCAUUGAAACAAUUGAAUAAUACACUACUGACAAAGAACACUGUAAAUCAUAUGCAACUGAGACUAAUAGAGAAGGGAAAAAAGCACUGCUGUGCUGUACUGGAAAGGAUUAUUAUUGUUAUUAAGUUCUUGUCGCGACAAUGUCUGACUUUUCGCGGUUCUUCCAAAGAAAUAUGUGUACUUGAUAAAGGAAAUUUUUUAAAAGCAGUAGAGACGCUAGCACCUUUUGAUUCAGUUAUGCGGGAACAUAUUCGCAGAAUUGAAUCAAAAUCUGACCCAAACUGUACAUCAGGUGCAAGUCGUACAGAACAAAUAACAGUAAUAUUUAGGCAUGUUUAUCUAAACCACACAGACAAGAAAGUAGAGGUAUGUGAACAUUUCAUUGGUUUCUGCCCGAUUAUUGGUUCAAGUGGCUAG